AUGAAGUUUCCCCGGGACUGUGGCUGCGACCGUGCCCUCGCCGGCCGCCGCCGGCCGCCCGCCCUCCGCGCCGCGCUGCUGCUGCCGCCGCUGCUGCAGCUGCUGCUGGUGCCUCGGGCCGCCGCCGCCCCGCUGCCCCACGCAGACUCCUCGGGGGAGGCCGAGCUGGAAGAGGCGGCGGCGCGGCGGGCGGCGCUGCCCGACAGCCUGCGGCUGGCGGGGCUGCUGCGCGACCAGGCGGCACAGCUGCAGGACGAGAUGUGCAGGAAGUUUACCGUCUGCCAGAACAGCAUGGAAAUGCUCCUCCACAACAACCUCAACCUUCCCAAGGUGACGGAAGAAGAUGGGUGUCUGCUCGCCGGCUUUAAUGAGGAUAAAUGCUUGAGAAAAAUCUCCAGCGGGCUUUAUACAUUUCAGACAUACCUCAAAUACAUACAAGAAACUUUUAUUAGUGAAAACCAAAAUGUUGAAUUGCUAUCCUAUAGUACAGAGCACCUGGCACAUACCAUAAGAAAGAUGGUGAUCAAUCCCGAAGAAGUGAUCAUUCCAGAUGCAGCUACCCAGGAAUCCCUCCGCACAAAGCUGCAGUCCACUAAGGACUGGACAGAGAAAAUCACCAUCCAUCUCAUCCUCCGAGACUUUACUUCAUUUAUGGAGAAGACAGUGAGGGCCGUGCGCUAUUUGAAAAACACCAGGAGUUUUAGUGUUUGAAUGUUUUAGUUCAGG